AUGGUGGUGGGGUGCCCGAAGGAGAUGUCCUCGGAUGAGGGUAGGACGAAAGGAGUGACCCCGAAGGAGGUGGUGGUGGUGGGGAGGACAAAUGCAGUGGCUUCGGAGGAGAGUAGGACGGAGGGGGUGGCCCCGGAAGAGUUGGUGGUGGUGGUGAGCCCAGAGGAGAUGGCCCCAGAGGAGGGUAGGAUGGAGGAGGUGGCCCCGGAGGAGGUGAUGGUGGUGGGUAGGACAAAGGCAGUGGCCCUGGAGGAGGGUAGGACGGAGGGGGUGGCCUUGGAGGAGGUGGUGGUGGUGGGGAGCCCAGAGGAGAUGGUGGUCCCCAAGGUGGUCGGCAAGAGGGUCAGAUUUCCUUCGCAGUACGUUGUUUCUCCCUUCACUGCUGAGGUAAAGAGGAGGACGUUCGUCGACGGGACGUACCUCAAUCUGUUUUGGGAGGUGGACGCUGCCAAAUGGAAAGCGUUCAAGACGGAGUGGAGGAUAAUUAAGUCCCGACAUAGCCGUAUCGUUGGGGAGAGGACGAUCUCAGAUGCCUAUAAGUGGUUUCAUGACAUCACUACUUUCGGGUCGUGGCUCGCCGACGAUUACAUUGACUUGACCAUGAAAUUAUUGCGAGAUCGAGUUCGACGAUAUUCGCGAUCAUUCGACAUGCCCGGCCGACUCAUACUGAGCACUGAGUUUUUUGGUGCUGUAACCAUUGAGCAUCAGUCACUGCAACGUAUGGGUAGUAAGUACAUGCUGCCGUAUAUAUGGCCGAAUGGGUCGUAG